AUGCCCUCACUACAAGCCUACAAGGGCACGUUUCGGAAGCUGGUCAUUGGCAUUGACAUUGGCACCACAUAUUCAGGUAUUGCAUACGCUGUGCUUGACCCUGGUGAGGUGCCACAGAUCCACGGCGUCACUCGCUUCCCGGGACAGGAGAAUGCUGCAGGAGAUUCUAAAAUCCCCUCCAUUCUAUACUACCGUCAAGACGGCUCCGUUCACUCGGCUGGUGCAGAGGCCGCUCUGCCCGGGAUGGACCUGGAGGCUGAAGACCAGGAGCUCGUGUUUGUGGAAUGGUUCGCAUUUUUGUUUAAGCUUCAUCUCAGGCCGGAACGACUCGACUCUGGUGACGUCAAACGUCAUGACCUCCCGCCGCUUCCACCCGGCAAGAGCGUUAUCGACGUUUUCUCCGACUUCCUCGGAUAUCUCUUCCGCUGCGCGCGUCGGUUCAUCCGCGAGACACACGCAAACGGCGAGAGUCUAUGGACGUCUGUUGAAGACCAAAUUGAGUUUGUCCUGUCGCACCCAAACGGCUGGGAGGGUCUUCAGCAGGGGAGAAUGCGUCAAGCAGCCAUCAUCGCUAACCUUGUUCCGGACACUGCCGCGGGACAUGCUCGUGUCCACUUCGUCACGGAAGGGGAAGCGAGUUUGAACUUCUGUAUCCACAGCGGGCUCGCCGCAGAAGCUAUGAAGGAUGGCAAGACUGUCAUGAUCGUCGACGCCGGUGGCGGGACUGUCGAUAUCAGCACAUACACAUUCGUCUCCGUCUCUCCUAUUACGGUGGAGGAAAUCACGUCGGCCGACUGUAUCCUUCAAGGCUCGACACGAGUGAAUGUUAGGGCAGAGAACUUCCUGAGAGAGCGACUAAAGUCUUCGGCGUACGGAAAUGACGCAGAUAUCAGCUCAAUGUUGGAUUACUUCGACAGAUCCACAAAGCCAGUCUUCAAGGACGACAAAGAGUCUUCCUACAUCAAGUUCGGUUCGAUGAGUUGCAACGAUCCGAAAGUCAACAUACGUCGUGGGCAGCUUAUGCUCAGCGGGGCGGAAAUGAGGUCCUUCUUCCAACCCUCCAUGAAUGCCAUUAUCGAUGUUGUUCAGAAGCAGCGUCGAGAAGUCGCUGGUUUACUUGAGACUGUAUUCCUCGUCGGUGGCUUCGCUGCCAGUCCAUGGCUGCAUACCGCUCUGAAGAGUGCACUGAACGCCCAUAGCGUCACUUUGUGCCGUCCGGACUCCCACACGAGUAAAGCAGUCGCCAAUGGUGCCGUGUGCUUCUACCUCGAGCAUUUCGUCUCAGCUCGGAUCAUGAAGAUGACAUAUGGUACCGAAAUUGUCGUCGAAUACGACCCCAACGAUCCGGAGCAUUAUUCGCGUCGCGGUGACAUAGCUGUCCGUCCUUCGGGACGCAUCAUGUUACGGAACGGCUUCUCGUCGAUCUUGAAGAGGGGAACGCGGAUGAGGGAGAGCGAGGAAAUCUCUCAGCCGUACAACAUCGAGGCCCGUAACCCGAAACCUCUAGACAGUAUCGUCAGCGAUGUUCUUUGCUACAGAGGCAGAUCCGCACAGCCCAAGUGGGUCGAUGUUGAACCAGGCAACACGGGUUGUGCGCUGCCAGAAUUCUACACACCUCUUUGCACGGUGUAUGCCGACACAUGCAGGGUUAAGAAGGUAGCGCGGAACGGGCCAAACGGCCUCUACUACCAGCAAGAGUUCAAGAUCGUCCUUCUCUGUGGCCUUACCGAGCUCCAAGCACAGAUCAGUUGGGUAGAGGGGGGCGUUGAGCGUCGGGGCCCAGCGAAGAUAGUCUACGACGAUGAUCUCGAGGUCUCGCGCUAG